AUCGACCACGUGGAAUACACCUGGGUUAAUAGUUUUCAAAGAUAAUACAGUUAUAAUAUUUACUAUUUAUGAAUUAACGCAAUACAUGUUCGUUAAUGCUUGUAAAAAAUGACCGUUAUUAUCCGUUCGACUUGCCAAUGAGAACCGUUGGGUGUCUUUCUCUGCCUGCGUCAGACUUUACGCGUCUCACCGCGUGUCCAUUUCCAACAAGGAGCUCGAGGUGAUUUGGUAUGUCUGCGCGCGCGGAGGUGAGAGAUGCUUUCUUCAGAGAUCCAGGACCACGCAGCACAGUAGCACGCCUCUCCCUGCGGAGUUUAACAUCCCUCCAGCUCCUCACACAUCUCCGACGUUUAACGCCAGCCCUAGCUGAGGAGGCACCCCAGUCCCGACCAAGCCGUUCACCCCUGCCCCCCCGCCCCACCCAGCCGCCACCAUGCUGAAAAACAGCAAGGUGACCCUGGGUAUCCCCCACAAUGAGCCCGUCACUGAGUCUGUGGCGGACCUGCUCACCUUGGCCGAGCCACUGGACUACAAGAGCAGCCAGAUGAGUAUGGGCCUGAGCCCUGGGGCUCAGCCUGCUAUGGGCAAGGGCCUGAUGCCUUCCCCGGGCGACGAGGAGGGGCGGCCGGCCUGGAACAGCAAGUUGCAGUACAUCCUGGCCCAGGUUGGGUUCUCCGUGGGCCUGGGCAACGUCUGGAGGUUUCCGUACCUGUGUCAGAAGAACGGAGGAGGGGCCUACCUCGUCCCGUACUUCAUCCUCCUCAUCCUCAUCGGAAUCCCUCUGUUCUUCCUGGAGCUGGCGGUGGGCCAGAGGAUCCGCAGGGGAAGCAUUGGCGUGUGGAACUAUGUUUAUCCACAGCUCGGCGGAAUUGGCGUCUCCAGUCUAAUGGUUUGUGGUUUUGUGGGCCUGUACUACAACGUGAUCAUUGGCUGGAGUAUCUUCUACUUUUUCCAGUCCUUCCAAUACCCCCUUCCAUGGGCCGAGUGCCCCAUCCGGGUGGUCAAUGGAUCCCAGGCCAUUACCGAGCCAGAGUGCGAGAAAUCCUCCGCGACCACGUACUUCUGGUACCGGCAGACCCUCAACAUCACCAGCACCAUUGAGGACAGUGGAGGACUCAACUGGAAGAUGACCCUGUCCCUGUUUGCAGCCUGGCUGAUUGUCUGCCUGGCAGUGAUCAGGGGCAUACAGUCAUCCGGGAAGGUGAUGUACUUCAGCUCUCUGUUCCCCUAUGUGGUGUUGAUUUGUUUCCUGGUUCGUGGACUGAUGCUCAAAGGCUCUGUGGAUGGCAUUGCUCACAUGUUCACCCCGAAGCUGGAGAAGAUGCUGGAGCCCCAGGUGUGGAGGGAGGCGGCCACGCAGGUGUUCUUUGCCCUGGGCCUGGGCUUCGGGGGCGUGAUAGCCUUCUCCUCGUACAAUAAGCGAGACAACAACUGCCACUUCGACGCGGCGCUGGUCUCCAUCAUCAACUUCAUCACGUCCAUCCUGGCCACGCUGGUCGUGUUCGCGGUGCUGGGCUUCAAGGCCAACAUCAUGAAUGAGAAAUGUGUUGUGGAGAACGCAGAGAAGAUCCUAGGUUACCUGAACACGGGCGUGUUGAGCCACGAGCUGGUACCUCCCCAUGUCAACUUCUCCCACCUGUCAGCGGUGGACUACCAGGAGAUCUAUGGUGUGGUCAAGACGGUCAGGGAGGACACCUUCGAUCAGCUGGGCCUCGAUCCCUGCAUCCUGGAAGACGAACUCAACAAGGCGGUUCAGGGUACCGGCUUGGCCUUCAUCGCCUUCACUGAGGCCAUGACCCACUUCCCCGCCUCCCCCUUCUGGUCUGUGAUGUUCUUCUUCAUGCUCAUCAACCUGGGGCUGGGGUCCAUGAUUGGAACCAUGACUGGUAUCACCACCCCGGUGCUGGAUGCCUUCCCGAAGAUACGCAAGGAGUUCCUCUGUGUUGGCUGUUGCAUUGUGGCGUUCUUCUGCGGCCUGCUGUUCGUCCAGCGCUCCGGGAACUACUUUGUGACGAUGUUUGAUGACUACUCCGCAGGCCUGCCUCUGACCGUGGUGGUCAUCCUGGAGAAUAUAUCUGUGGCCUGGAUCUACGGCACCAAGAGGUUCAUGCAGGACCUGGAGGACAUGCUGGGUUUCAGGCCCUACAGCUUCUACUUCUACAUGUGGAAAUACGUGUCGCCCGCAUGCCUGACCAUCCUGAUCACCGCCACGGUCAUUGAGAUGGCCGUCAGUCCUGCGGGAUACAACGCCUGGGUGGAGGAACUGGCGUCGGAGAAGUUUCUGUCCUAUCCUCCGUGGGCAUUGGCUGUGGCCUACUCCCUCAUCAUCACGGCCAUGCUUCCCCUUCCCGCCGUUUUCAUCGCCCGCCACUUCAACCUCCUCUCGGACGGCUCCAACAAGCUGUCCGUCUCCUACCGUAAAGGCAUGACCAAGGACCUCUCCGGCCUGGAGGAGGAGAACGAGUCCCGCUUCAUCCUAGGUAAGGGCACCCCCAGCCCCAACCCAUCACCCAUGCCGGCUCAUCGCCCGUACCUGGGGCCCGGCGGCGCCCAGGAGAUGACCAACACGGCGGGAUAUGGCACCGGGACGCCGACCAAGACGGGCUAUCAGAACAUUAACUCGCCGGAAUCCGAGCUCUGAUCGAUCUGACGACCGAAGCACAAGACGCCGCGCCUGUCAACCCCGCCCCCAAUCACCGCCGCACCAGAAGGAGGAUGAGAGCGCACCGCCUUGGGAACGCCACGGAGUCCCUCACAACCUUGGCCCCACCCCCCACCCCAGAAAAGAGUGUCCCACCAUAACAAUUCAGCUCCCACGGCCCUCACCCAAUGUUUGGAAGCCUAGCUUAACCCCCCGCCCGUAGUGCUACGAUGUGGCAGCCACACGCUGAAUUCAGUGGGUUCUACCACGAGGGUUCUUUUAGGUGAUCGGGGAGUGGUCAUUUCUCCAGACGGUCCUUUUCUUGAUUCCAGUAAGAUCAGGUUCUCUCACAUCGUCCCGGGGAACAAUCCCCCCCCACGGAGCUUCUUUGUGGAAAUCUGACCGAUCUGUACCAAAUGGCACCCUUGUUCCCUAUUUACUGCACUGCUUCUGUACAAGGCCUGUAGCCUAGUGCACUACAUAUAGGGAAUAGGGUGCCAUUUGGCUUCAUUUCCGGGGCAGUAAACUCUUGCGGCACGGUAUGAAACCAUAAGUUCUACGUCCGCAGUAUGCAAAGCACUAUGUACCCCACAAGCGGUUUUUGGCUGGAGCCUACUGUUCCCUGUCAGAGCAAAACAGAGCAAAACAUAGCACAGAGAGAAUUGUGAACCCCUUUCUAUCUCAGUGUCAGUCAUUGCAUAGUAUAAUGUACACGGUAGAUGUCGUGCUGUCUUUGUAAAUCCCUGUAAAUACUCAGAAAGCUACACGCUAAGAGAUAAAGAGUGAACCCUCUGUCUGCUGCCCAGACCUGACCCCUUACCCCAGACCCCCCCCCCACCCCCCCAUCCCCCACCACGCCUCCACCUACAACUGAACACAGAGCAUCACCUUCACUGCAAUCUAAAAACACCUUCCCGACACCGCCCAUAAAUAGAACAGGCUUUGAACGGAUGGAGCACGGCCACUUCCACUAGCUGUCCACAGCUGUCCGGUCUCCACCAGGCACACAAAAAAAAAGCCCUAUUUAAAUCAGUUUUAGAAGGCAGUCCAGGAGACGAUUAAUCCAAGCACAGAUAAUACAAGCAGCUUACAUUUGAUCAUCAGACAGAAACAUGUGUGUGUGUCUGUGUUGCCUAGCCAGCUCAGGUGUCCCGUUAUAAAUAGCACCUCGAGUUACCUCGAGUGAAGUGUGACAGAGACCGUGGAAACCCGCCCCGACAACGUAGCGCCAUGGAUAUCCAUCCUCCUGUGUGGUUGUGGAUGGGGGCAGACACACUAACACACACACACACACACACAGUCACACACAUACUUUAUACACACACAUAUACAGGACGGCUCAUUGUUGUGCUUUUUGAACUGUCUGUUGGCAGCUGUCAUCAAGCCGGGUUGUGUUCAUUAGAGGGAAAACAGAGGGAAACCAGUACAAACUGUUUACUGAGGAGGCACAGCGCUAACUGACAAUAAGAGACGCAAAAUUGUAGUAGUUUUCCAUUGCUCAAUGUUUGGCUAGGACGCGUCCUAGUGUUCACAGCCCGGGGGUUCUGAGAGAGCCAUUACACAGGGGUUGGAGUUGACCAUCGUUCAAAAUAGUGUUUCAAUGGGACGAGUAGGUUUCUUAACGUACAUUCCUUUAACCAUCUUCAAUAAGCACUUCGAUCAAUCAGUGGGAACAAGUAUACAUUUACUUAUGUGGAUUGUCAAGUUUUUAAUUGUUGGGAUUUGUAAAAUAAUGUGUAAUUACGUGUAAUUUGUCUAAAUAAUAGCUACUGUGUGGAUAUAAUGUAGUGUAUAAUGUAAAAGUACUGAACCAACCUCGUUUUUUGUGGUUGCAAUAGCUGAUCCUGACCACGGUGGGGCGCUGUUGGACACCAUGGAAGUACCUGACGUUGGCCACAUUCCAUAUCGAUUUGAGAUUGGGUUAACGUGUGUGUCUCUGUGUCUCCUGCCUCUGCCGAGCCCAGACAGCAGUGACACAGAUCACACUGUGGCGCUUCCUAAAAAUCCAUCCUACACUUGCCUCCUCUCCUUUAUUGCGCUGGUCUGAAAGGAAAGACCCGGUGUCAAGUGUGUUCCCAAGCAGUGCUGAUGAAGUGGAGGCACAUGAGAGAGGAUCGGUCAUAAAAAAGGAUGAGAAUUAUAUAGAGCCGAGUUGGUCUACAAUGUUGAUGAAGGCUUUGACCUACUAGUUGUCGGUGCCUAAUCAGUAUCAAUGCGUCUGUCUGCUCUGCUAGCCUUUUCGCAAAAUUCGGUACAAUGGAGAUGUUAUGUAUGUUACGUAGUCAGAUUUUAAUGUCCAUAGGCUAGUCCCAGCCACUUAAGCACUUUAUAGCAGAUAGAGGACCCUGGAGUUGAACAGAAACAAGCAAUCAAACAGAAAACCACCUGACAGAACCGGCGCAUUUGUCACGACAGGAAGGUAAUCUAAUGUAUUUUAUUAUAGAUUAAUGGUGCCUGAUGGCCACACAGCACAAAAGAGCCUAGCUAGCGCAAAAAUAGCGUGAGAUACAAAGUGCAUGCGCAAAGCCUGUAGAGCACUGCAGACAGUAAAGCACACCCCCUUAAGCACACUAGGUGGAAGCACAAAGCCACCGAGAGAGGACAGUGAUAUAUGUCGUUGCGCGGUUACCAGAGAACAUUGGGUAUCAACGUAAUUGUACUGGCUUGCUGGUUACGGCUACCGGUUGCCGCGGUGUAAAUGAUUUGCGUCGCGAGAAAAGCACACGCAGGCCUCGUUGGCUACGUUCCCGUGUACAGCUGCUGUCUGAGGAAGCGGUGCUGCUGGGAUCUCUGGCUGAUCGCCAAAUGGCAGCCUUGCUCCCUACGUAGUGCAUUUUAGAGGAAAACACAGGAAACGUAUCCAUUUCUACCCUCGGAAAGUCCUGUAAUGGAUUGCAUGGCACUUAAACCGCCUACAACUGUUCUAAACUGCCGUCCCACAGCUUAUUAAUGCUGCAACUAAAUGGUCAUUGAGUAAGUUAUGGAUUACCGAUAAGAAUCAUUUGAGCUAUAAUUUAUGGUGAGAGGCCAGAAAGAGAGGAGAGAUGGAAAAUGACAGAGAGAGAGAAAUAGGGAGACAGACAAAUACAGAGAGAUUGAAGGGGAGAGGGAGGACUGGAGAGGGCACUGAGAACUGGUAACUGCCAUUGUAAAGCAUCAUACAAUGCUCCUACUCCAAUGAAAACCAGGCCGGUUCUGCCAAGGUUCCGCUCUCUCACGUUCCCUUCUCUAGCGCUGUUCUUUAGCUUCUUACUCUGGGUCUGUUCUCUAGCUUCCUCCUGUAGCUCCCUUCUUUAUCUCUUCACCUAGCUGCUUUUCUAGCUCCUCUCUCGAUCUCUCUUCUCCAAACCCUUCUCCACCUCCCUUUAGCACCAUUCUCUGGCUCCCUUUUGCGGCUGUCUUCUCUGGCUCACUUUUAUAGCUAAAUGUUUUGCUCCCUUAUCUAGCUCUCAUCCCCAGCUCUCUUCUCUGUUUCCCUUCUUUAGCAUAGUCCUUUCUUUUGUUCCCUUCUCUAACUCCCUGCUCAGCUCUCGUCUCCAGCUCUCGUCCCAAGCUCUCAUCUCUAGUUCCCUUUUCUGUUUCCCUUCUUUAGCUCCCUUCUCUCUCUGCCUGCUCUAGCUCCCUUUUGUAGCUCUUUUUUUGCUACCUUCCAUAAUUCCUUUUUUCCUCACCCCUUCCUCCUUUUCUUUACCUCCAGACUGUUAUGGCAGCCAGUGUAGAAAGUGCCAGAGAUUUAUUGGAAUACAAUGGACCCAGCAACUUAACUUAAAACCAGCCUUUUUAAAACUAUUACAUGAACUAAAAUUUUUAUUUUUAACUGUCCAAUACUACGAUUUAAUACUAUAAAAUGCACAAAAUGUUCUAACCGCACACAAAGCUAAGGGAGACAAGGAGUUUUUGGCACAUAGAAUAUACUAACUCAAUUGCUAAUAAUGUUAAUUUCCCUGUAUUACCACUUAUUGAGGGAAUCUAAUUCCAACUCCAGGGCCUAUAUUCAUUAUAAUUAUAUUAUUUAUGUAUUGUACAAGUACAACAAAUAAAUCCUGUGUAGACUAACUUGAUUUCUCUCAAAGUACAGUCAUGAAAUUAUUUUUUAUUUGUUUAUUAGUGAUAUUAUGCUUUUCUGUGAUGGAUCAGGAAGAACACUACAGUACUUAAAUGGGAAGUUCGGGAUGCUCCUCACCCUGAAAGUCUGUAUGCCUGUUCAAUUCAAAUGAUCGUUUCCCUGACAGUGGCUAAAUCGAGCCAAUGUCUGUAAUGGUUAUUCAUUUGUGCGGCUACAGUUAGUAUUGGCCUACAGACUUCUGAGUGAUGAAUCUCAACGUCAUGUUCUAAAAUCCCUCUUUAUUCUGUACAUUUACUCUGUAUAUUGAUGUACAUUCUGUCAGACUCACAGUUAAUAUAUCUAUCUAUGGGAAGAUUGACAGGGUGAAUACUUGAGCUGUACAUAAUAGCUGUAUAUUUUGAAAUAUUUCAGGUUUUUGUACGUAAUGUCCCAUUAUCGUGUCUGUAGAACUAUGACGUAAAGAUGUUAUUAGUGUAGGGUUGACAAUCUCAGUCGAGAUAAUCGGAGACGCGUGUCUGGGUGCGCGAGAGCGCACGCACGAGUCUGCCGUUAGCGAGCGAGCGGGUAUGUUUCCGUACACACGUAGAUGUCAUUGUUCAAACUGGUUGUGUGUGUGUUUCUUAGUUUUCACCUACAGUGUUGUGUGAGCUUUACUUACUGUAAUCGAGUAGAUACAACUCAAUCGUAAUGACUUGGGACCACUGACUUCUAUAAGCAAUCUGUGAGUGUUCUGUGUCUUCAGCUGCUCCGUGGAACAUCUGUCUGUUCCUCCACAUAAUGGACAACUUGAACAUGGUCGACAAUAGUGUGUGACAAGUCAUGAGCAUUAGCUAAUAUUGUGACAAUAUAUAUUUUUGUCGUAGACAAAACAUUGAGGGAAAAUGAAAUAAAAGUUACCACUUUUAUGAACCACAUUA